CGAAGAUGCCCGCUGUUUAACAAUCAUUUCCACUGUUGACUGAUCAGUCAACAUGGAGUACCUUCCUAGUCUUCAACACGAUUUCGAUGAGCUAAAACCCAGUCUGUUUGAACUCCUUUCAGAACAGCAACUCUCAGCUCUUCUCCCUCCUACUCUUCGCUAUCUCCUCGCAGUAGCGACACACCGCCAUCCGCGCUAUCUGCUCAAAGCCCUAAACUCCUUCGAUGAGCUCUAUGCGCUUCUCUCCCUCAUCGUCGAGCGAUACUACCUCCGCACCUUCGGCGGCUCAUUCACAGAGAACUUCUACUCCCUCAAACGAGAACGUGUUCUGUUGACGAAAAAUGGCGAAAUCCCAAGGACACAGAUCGGCGCCCCCGGCCCUGUACGGGACUCGUUGAAACUGCACAAUUCAGACAUCUGGAAGAACCUCCUGGUGAUGGUCGGAAUCCCGUACCUGAAGCGCAAACUAGACGAGGGAUACGAUAUCCAUGCUGCACCCCAGGCGACCCUGAUCGGGGGUCCGCGAUAUAACCCCAGUGAGGACCUGCCUCCACAUCCGACCCUCCGCCAACGACUGAUGUACUACUACAAAUGGUUCCUUCGCAACGUCUACCCGUCCGUCAAUGCGGCGUAUUAUUUUUCUAUUCUGGCGUUUAAUCUCGCCUAUCUCUUUGAUGGUACGAAAUACUCUUCUCCCUUCCUGUGGCUGGUCGGGACCAGGAUCCGUCGAUUAGGUGUCGCGGAUCAUCGUGCCAUCGCGGCUAUCCUGGAUGGCGCCUCUCGACCCAAUGGCGCCGGGUUGGGAGGUGCUAGUAAUACUGCCCGCGGCGCUGCGAAUGCCGCCAGAUCACGCCCCGGAACAGGUCUGGUCGGCCUAAUGAGCCCCCAGAAUAUCUACCCCCAGCUCCUUUCAUCAUUGCGCUACUUCCUCCCGGCCUCGAUAUUCGCACUCAAAUUCCUCGAAUGGUGGCAUCAAAGUGAUUUCUCCCGACGGCUAGCCCGGAAAGCGACUGAAGUCCUAGAUCUGCCUGCGCCCGUCGUAUCAGGGACACCGGAGAAGCGGCGCAGACAACAGGAGCAAUCGAAGAAAUCAGCUUCGGUAACCUCCACAAAGGAUCUAAAAUCAGCGUUGAAGACACACAAUAGGCCUAAACACUUCCAACCUCCUAUCUCGUCUACUUCGUAUCUUCCAAUUUUCACUGUUUCGUUGCCACCCGUUGACUCAGAGGACAGCGGUGAUAGCAUCUGUUCCAUUUGUUUUGGUCCCCUGACGAACCCUACCGCAUGCCAGACAGGUUACGUCUUCUGCUACGUUUGCAUCUUCCAUUGGCUGAAAGGAGAGCACCAGCGACAGAUAGACUUCAUGAAUGGUGAAGAUACGAAGACACCCUGGGAGGAGGAAGAGGAAGGCGACUCUGAUAACCAGUCCAAGACAGCUAUCGGCCAUGGCCAGAGUCGAGAGGGGAAGUGGGAGAGUGGGAAAGGGAGAUGUCCCAUUACUGGACGGAGAGUAUUGGGGGGAACGGAUGGAUUAAGGCGGGUUUUGGUAUGACUUCUGUUCCAUUUGGAGUCAUGAUUUGGAUUGCUGUAGAAUAUUUUAUUUCCUAAAUGGAGGUUUUCAUGUAACUGAUGAGUGGUUACCCUCCACUCUGCUGCUAACUUGCUCUUCAAGA